CGUGACUCGGUCGCCGCGGUCUCCGCGAGCCGGAUCCCGGAGACUCCCGGCUCUUUCCCUGCCUUCUCCUCACCGCUCCGGCUCGUGACAACGAAACACCCGCGGUCUGAGGCGGCGGUGGCGACGACGGUGCGGCCGGCCAAGCGUGCGAGGGAGCCGGCCUUGAGGCCCGCCCCGCUCCCCGGGGCCCUGGACACCGGCGCCCUCCCCCUCCGGCGCUUCCGUUUCGGCCGUUAGUCGCGCGCGGGCCGCGGGGCCAUUCCCGAGCCUGAGGCGCCGGCCGGCUCCGUCGCUGCGCCCGGAGCUCCCCUGACGGACCGCGGUGCGGCCCGGAAGCCGGCGCCGCCGGAGCCGGGGGUCCCGCGAGCGGCGGGCUCCGCUUGGCCGCAGCCCAGGAGGCCCCGGUCGCCCUUCGUCUCGGCGCCGGGGACCGGGGGCCGCGCUCGUCGACGGGCGAGGGGGUCCGUCCCGCCGCCGCCUGGCUUCUCUGGCGCGCCCUCGCGGCCGGCUUUCGGGCAGCGAGCGGUCCGGGGCGCGGGUCCGGCGCAGCGGGUUCCUCCAGGGCGCCCGCCGGCAGCCUGCCCCGCCGUCCCCGGAGUUGCUUCGCGGACUCCGAGGCGGCACUUCUGCGCUCUCGCCUUCGCCGGCGGCGCGCGUGGGCCCGGCCAUGGGCCGCGGCGCCGGCCGGCCGCCCGCCGGGAGCCAUGGCUCGGGAGCCGGUCGCUAGCCGCGCCGCAGCCCGGGGGCCCGGGCCGGCAUGAGGACAGCCGCAGGGGGACGCGCGUGGCCCGCGGGGCUGUAGCCGGCGCCGGGGACAAAGAAGCCAUGCAGUGACAACCACCAAGACUUGUCGGUAGCCAUGUCGGAGCCCCACAGAGUCCAGUUCACCUCUCUCCCAGGUUCUCUGAAUCCGGCAUUUUUGAAGAAAUCCCGGAAGGAGGAGGCUGGGGGAGCAGAGCAGCACCAGGACUCGGAGCCGGCGGCUGCAGCUGUUCGAAUCGCACUCACCCUCUUUGAACCAGAUCACAAGCGCUGCCCAGAGUUCUUCUACCCAGAGUUGGUGAAAAAUCUACGAGGGAAAGUGAGAGGCCUGCAGCCUGGAGACAAGAAGAAAGACCUCUUGGAUCCUUUCAAUGAUGAAGAAAAGGAAAGGCAUAAAGUGGAGGCCCUUGCCCGGAAAUUUGAAGAAAAAUAUGGUGGAAAGAAACGUAGAAAAGACCGAAUGCAGGACUUGAUUGACAUGGGGUAUGGUUAUGAUGAAUCUGAUUCCUUCAUCGAUAACUCUGAGGCAUAUGAUGAGCUUGUUCCUGCUUCUUUGACUACAAAGUAUGGAGGAUUUUACAUUAACUCAGGAACCCUGCAGUUUAGACAAGCAUCAGAAUCUGAGGAUGACUUCAUUAAAGAAAAGAAGAAAAAGUCCCCAAAGAAGCGGAAGUUGAAGGAAGGUGGUGAGAAGAUAAAGAAGAAGAAAAAAGAUGACAUUUAUGACAAGGAGAAGAAAUCGAAAAAGUCCAAGUUUUCCAAAGCCGGCUUCACAGCCCUCAAUGCCAAUAAGGAGAAGAAGAAAAAGAAAUAUUCUGGGGCUUUAAGCGUUAAAGAGAUGUUAAAGAAAUUUCAGAAGGAGAAAGAGGCUCAGAAAAAGAGGGAUGAGGAGCAUAAGUCUGUGAUGGCCUCGUCCGCGGAAGCACAUGGCCUGCGGGAAUCGGAAGGCACCUCCGACCCCUUGCUUUCCCUCUUUGGCUCCACUUCUGACAAUGACUUGCUUCAGGCGGCCACUGCCAUGGACUCGCUGACUGAUUUGGACCUGGAGCAGCUGCUCAGUGAGUCUCCAGAAGGAGGCCCCUUCUGUGACGUGGACGAUGAAAGCGACUCCCUCGGGGUGGGAUUGGACCAGGAGUUCAGGCAGCCGUCUGCCCUCCCCGAAGGCCUGACAGCACCCCUGGAGAAGCGCAUUAAGGAACUGGCUCAGGCCGCCCGUGCUGCCGAGGGAGAGAGCACACAGAAGUUCUUCACCCAGGGUAUCAACGGCCUCCUGUUCGACAUAGAGGUGCAGACUCGGGAGCUGAGCAGCCAAAUCCGCUCUGGAGUAUAUGCCUAUCUCGCUUCGUUCCUACCUUGCAGCAAGGACACUCUGGUCAAACGGGCUCGGAAACUUCAUCUCUAUGAGCAGGGCGGGCGUCUGAAGGAACCUCUCCAGAAGCUGAAAGAAGCCAUUGGCAGGGCGAUGCCAGAGCAGAUGGCCAAGUACCAGGACGAAUGCCAGGCACACACACAAGCAAAGGUUGCUAAGAUGCUGGAAGAGGAGAAAGACAAGGAGCAGAGAGAACGGAUUUGUUCUGACGAGGAAGAAGAUGAAGAAAAGGGGGGCAGGCGGCUCAUGGGACCCCGGAAGAAAUUCCAAUGGAACGAUGAGAUCAGGGAGCUGCUCUGCCAAGUGGUGAAAUUAAAACUGGAGAGCUAUGAUCUGGAGAGGAGCAAGGCACAGUCUUUGGAGGACUACGUGAAGGCGUUUCUAGACACCGAAGUCAAACCUUUGUGGCCCAAAGGCUGGAUGCAGGCCAGGACUCUGUUCAAGGAGAGCAGACGAGGCCACGGGCACCUGACAUCAAUCCUGACCAAGAAGAAAGUAAUGGUCCCUUCAAAGAUCAAAGUGAAGGAAUCAUCCACUAAGCCUGAUAAAAAGGUUUCCAUCCCAUCGGGCCAGAUCAGUGGCCCUGUGGCUUUGCCUUCAGAACAUCAGGGAGGAGGCCUGAGCAUCGGGGCCCCAAGCAGGGAGCUCUCAUCACAGGCCCCUGGCAGCCUCACCAGUCCUGCUCCCAUCCACCUGGAGGACUCGCUGGACGAAGACUUAAUCCAGAGUUCAGCCUCCUCGUUGGAAGCCGUGUCCAAGGAGCUGGCUGCGUUGAACAGCAGAACAAGUGGGGGCUCUGAGUUCACAUCGCCUCUGCCCUCAAAAGUACCUGUAGAAAAAGCCGCAGGUCUUACAUGUACAGAAGAAAAAAGGAACUUUCCAAAGCCCAACCCUUCUGCUCCACCACCCUCUAGCUCCUUGCAGUCACCCCUCAAUUUUCUGGCUGAACAGGCUCUGGCACUGGGGCAGUCCUCUCAGGAGAAAAAAACAGAGAGUUCUGGCUACAAAGAGCUGUGCUGUCAGGCUCCCGUCAGUAAGAGCCUGCCGGAGGUGCACCAGCCCAAGGCAAAGCACCACAGCUUGCCACGGACGCCUCACGGACCCCAGGUGGCAGCUCCAGCCCCUGGCCCCCAAGUUAAAGCCCUUCACGCAGGCGCUCAACAGCAGAAGAGCUUCACUGCCCCAGCCCCGCUUGCCAGUAAGCUCCAAGGCCCCAAGGCUCCCACUCCGCAGUGUCAUCGUUCUCUCCUCCAGCUGGUAAAGACGGCCACCAAAGGCCAGGGCUUCCAUCCCUCCACGUCAGCCUCUUCGGGGGCCACGCCAGUCCCCAGCAGCGGCUCCCAUAAGAACCCAGCCUCCUCCUCCGCUCCCCUGAGCCAUGCAGCAAAACAGCAUGCGGCCAGCGCUUCAGGACCACCCUACAGGAACAGUCCCUUUGCCAGCUCACUCUCCAAACACGGGGCUUCUUCGGGCAACUCUCCCUCCGGAGGGGUGCCAGUCCAGGGCUCUGCUUCCGGGAACCUGCUCCCAGGUGUGCAGCCUUCCUCUGCAGGACAGCCCACCACCCGGCCCAGCCCAAGCUCAGCAGUGAAAAAGCCACCUGUUUCCCAGAAGCUGACGCUGGUGGCACCUCCGGGGGGUCCAAAUGGAGAUUCUGGUGGGGGGACCCAGGGAGUGGCAAAGUUGCUGACCUCCUCACUGAAGCCCACCUUGGUGAGCAGCGUGACGUCAUCUACCUCCUUACCAAAAGGAACCAGUGGGGCUGUGCUGCUGACCAGCUCCUCUCCCUUAAACCUGCUGUCUCCUUCCUACAAGUCCAGCAGCCCAAAGCUGCCUGGGGCCAUGAACUCGAACUCUCUGGGCAUUAUAGCCCCUGUCCCAUUUCCUCUCCACGUGCUCUCCUUCAGUGCUGACUCCUCUGCCAAAGCAGGGGUCUCCAAGGACGCCAUCGUCACAGGGCCUGCCCCUGGGACUUUCCACCAUGGCCUCAGCCACAGUCUUCUGGCUGGCUUGCACCCCAGCCCGCACCACGCAGCGCCUCUCCCACACGCUGCCUUGUCCACCCAUAUCCCGCAGAGUCUGCCAGAUGCUUCUCAGCUUCAUGGGAAAGGGCCCAGUGUACCACGGAAAUUGUGACCCCUCUGGAAGAAAGGCUCGACUGACUCGGGUCUGGGUGGAGGCUGGACACGGAGGCUCAGAUGCUGAUCUUCACUGUGCUCUUGGUGCCGGUUGGCUUUCUUCUGGAGAAGGCGUGAGUUUGAGUGGAGUGUUUCUUGGCACUUCUGAUGUGCCUCAACUAGGGAGCAGCCCCGUGCUGCUCAGGAGGCACUUCCUUACCUGGUGCUCCGCACCUUGCGGCUCUGUUGCUGGACAAUCGUCAGAAGGGCAGCUCUGGGACAGGGACACUGGGCUGUGAUGGGGGAGGAGGGGAGCAGCGUGGUGUGGUAGCGCGUACCCUUGUGUUUUCAAUCUGCCUGACCCCUUAUCUGGUCAGGGUAUCUCACGGCCCUUCUGGCCACAGUGUGACCCCCGGCUGUGAGCCCAGCAGGACAAGAGCCGCAGCUGGGAGACCAGUCUUGUCCCUUUGAAAAAAUAUCAAGAACACCUAACGGGUGUUCAUUGUGGGGAGCCAGUUUCUCCUCUGAACAUGACAAUGAAGCUCUUUUAGGGAAGAGAUCUUUGUAGAUUCAACAGUUGUGAUAGGAUUUUUAAAAACACUUAUUUUUGGCUCAGUUUUCAUCAUUACCAUUAAACGCAUUGGAUAGAAUGGGACUGUUCUUCGCACGUCGUAUUGCAGGAAGACAUAAUUCCAGUGCCUUUGUGGUGGAGCAGCAUUAGACAGCACGUCCGUUUCAGCCCUCUGUGUGUCAGAGGAAGACCUUUUUUAAAGAUAUGUCUGUAUUUAAGACAUAGCCAGUUUUGAGUUUUUUACAGUUGCACACUAUAAUCUGUGCUGUCCUGACUUGAGGGUCAUCUGGGCCCUGAAAACCCAGUUCCCAAGUCAGCCGGGGCCCCAGUUUUGUUUUCCCAGAGUUUAUGCAGGUAGACUCCAGAGCCCCAAAGCCCUUCUUCAUCUCUUUGUGAGCAAUGGAUCCAAGGGGUUCCAGGUCAUGGAGAGACAUUCCGGUUUGUUCUAUUCUUAGAAAUCAUUCUUAGAGCUGCAGUAACAGGCCUCCGUGGAGCGCCUGCUGUGUGGAAACAGGCCUUGAUGCCCAGGGUCUGUGUUAACUUAGGGUGACAUGCAGACAAGCUCGGAACAUGGAUCAGAGACUGAGAGUGUUGUUCCAGAGCUCCCAGAUCACCAAGCCACUCACACUCGGCUGGUGGCUAUUUCUCAAGGACUUGGGAGCAUUUGCCUGCUCCUGUGAAGUCUGUGCCGUGAGGUAUGCUUGAACUGGCUGCUCCAGCUAAGUUUUUUCAAAUACAAGAUGAGUAAACAGCUUCCUCAGAAUGUAUGCCUGUGUGAAGACACUGACAGCUCUUUUGGUUACUGACUCACAGGGUACAAUGCUCAGUAACUGCUAAUUCGUGUAGAGGUUUGCUGGCUGUCUCUGUUUCCCUCUAGGGGACCAAGACCAUCUCCAGCUAUUCAGCCAGGACUCUGCUCUGACAUCUUUUUUAUGUAAGAACCAAUAAGUGUUUCACAUUGGGCUAAGUGGAUUCCUUAUCCUUUUAUUAUAUAUAUUUUUUGCAACUUGGAUUUCCAGUUUGUUUACAGAAUAGUAUUAGGUAGUAGCAAAAGAGCCAAAGAAGAGGUUUGUAUGGCUGAGCGCAAAGCCGAGCGGGGCCAUCCGUGAGUGCCGAGCGGCGGGGACUCCCCAGGCUUCUCUCCUGUAAGCACCCCAGGCACCAGACCAGUCCUCUCCUUUCCCCCGUGCUCCCUCUGCCUACCCACCACUGAGGGUGCAGCUGAAGCAGAUACCCUCAUUUUUAGGAAUCUAGUGAUGCCUCUUGCCUCAGGGAAAUGUUUCUUUGAUGGGGAGUUUGAGAUUUCUUUUUCUUGUUCAUGCUUUAUUUGUGGUCACGAGAGAGUGAGUGAUUAAACAGCCAUGGCAAAGCAGAACGUCAGGCCACGGCUGCAGCGGAGGGUGGGGUGGAGGGGGCUCCGAGCCUGGGGGCUGCUGUGGGGAUCUCCUGGGUGCAGCAGAGUCCCCAAGCACUUCCUGGGGGGGGUGGCCGUUUCUCCGGUGUGAAAGGGGGUGUGGCUUUUGU